AUGCUCAACUUGGUCCUUCGUCUUGUCGCCGUCGCGGCCUGCAUUUUCGGGGUUGCACUAUGCUCAUGGAUCAGCGAAGAGGUCCUGCGAGAUGAGCCUGGCUUUGGCACCACCAUGUGUAUCGACACGGCCUCGCAGAAAGGAGACGACGCCACCAUGUCACCCAAGAUGACCACGUCAGAGCCAGGGGAGAGGUUGGGAGUUGUCGCCAUUUCGUCAUCGCUUGCCCGCUGCUGCCACAAUCUCAACUGGAGCAAGCAAGCCGGCCUUCUUCUCGGAAACUUUACUCUGGCAUGCCACAAAACCGCCAGCCGCUUCACCAGCGUCUUUGGAAAGGCCUUUGCGAGGUUGAACCGUCCUUGA